UCAUAUUUAUAUAUGUACCCAACUCUUCCGAAACAUCUCACAAACCCCAUUUGUUUAGUCCUCUUCUGAGAAAAUGGCAAGCUCCAAAUUGCAGGGCUCUGUAGAAACCAAGGUCAUGGCACCACUGGAGGUUGUGUGGAAGAUAGUAAGUGAGUUUUACGAGUCACAUAAGUGGUUUCCGGGCAUGAAAUCCUGUGAAAGAGUGGAGGGAGCGCCUGAAAAGGGCGUGGGCUCUGUGCGUCGCUGUGUAACAUCCGGGCAGGAGGGCAGUGACUCUUUUGGCGUAGAGGAGCUCAUCGCUGUGGACGAUAGUAAGCAUUCAUAUAGUUAUCGUUUGACAGACACCAACAUGCAGGGCUUCGAUGGCUACCAGGCUACCAUUAAAGUCUCUGAAGCAAAGGAAGCGGGCAACUGUUUGCUGAAAUGGUCUUUCGAGUUGGACCCCGCUGGACAUUCCAAAGAGGAUACUGAGGCACUUUUCAGCUCCAUUCUCACUGCCAUGGCCAAGAAUCUGGAACAGCUCGCUUCUUCACAGUAACGCCUCUAGUUUUUAUUUAUUAGGUUGAUUUCAUAUAUGUGUGGUGUUUUGCUGGGCUGCUUGUGUUAAUGUUUUGAUAGACUUUGGUGUGUUUUUCUUAGGGUUUGAGUAAUAACUGCCCAGGGGUUUAAGUGAUAGACUCUUUGUGUGUGUGUUCCUUGAGGUUUGAGUAAUUAUUGGUCAUUUCCAUCUGUUCCCUGGAUUAUGGAAUAUGAUUUAAUGAUUCAGACUAUCAUAGGGAAAACAGUUAUAAUCUAUAUAAA